UAAACUGAAGGAGCAUAAGCCCUUUGAUCCUCAUAGAAAGCGUCGACGCAAGCGCCGAGAGAGUUCAGAAAUCUCGCGAAGGAUGGCGAAAAGAUCGCCGGAGGCGGCCACCGAUACCUCGGCGGCGAAGAUCACUUCCCUCAAUCGCAUCAGUCUCUCGGAGCCCGACAUCGACAAAUCCGUUUCGCUUCUCAAGCAGGCAUGCCUAGAUUCCGGAUUCUUUUAUGUGGUAGAUCAUGGAAUUGACAAAAAGCUUAUGGAAGAAGUUUUUGCUCAGAGUAAAUUUUUUUUUGAUCUACCUUUAGAUGAGAAAAUGAAACUGCUGCGAAACAAAAAGAGUCGAGGCUAUACACCUACUCUAGAUGAGACCUUGGAUCCAGACAAUCAAAUAAGUGGUGAUUAUAAAGAAGGAUAUUAUAUUGGUGUUGAAGUAUCUGAAGAUGACCCACAAGCAGAAAAACCAUUUUAUGGACCUAAUUUGUGGCCGCCUGCAGAUUUAUUACCUGGAUGGAGAGAAACAAUGGAGAUCUAUCAUAAGGAGGCACUGAGGGUUGCACAAGCAGUUGCUAGAAUCAUAGCUCGAGCACUUGACUUAGAUGCCGAUUUCUUUGAUAGUCCAGUAAUGCUUGGGGAACCUAUCGCAACUUUGCGGCUUCUACACUAUGAAGGCAAAAUUACAAAUCCUGAAAAAGGAAUAUUUGGAGCUGGAGCACAUUCUGAUUAUGGAUUACUUACUCUAUUGGCGACGGAUGAUGUAAUCGGGCUACAGAUAUGCAAGGAUAAAGAUGCAAGACCUCAAGUGUGGGAAUAUGUGGAACCACUCAGUGGGGCUUUCAUAGUCAAUCUAGGUGACAUGCUGGAGCGCUGGAGUAAUGGCAUUUUCAGGUCAACGUUGCACCGAGUAAUCCUGGAUGGAAGGGAGCGCUAUUCGAUUGCUUACUUUGUGGAGCCAAGCCACGAGUGUCUUGUGGAAUGCUUGACGACGUGCAAAUCUGAAACAAACCCGCCCAAGUUCCCUGCAGUGACAUGUUCGGCGUACCUUCUCCAAAGAUACAAAGAUACGCAUGCCGACCUCAACUCCUAUAACCGUCCGUCUUAAAGACUUUGAACAAGUAGAAGUAUUUAUUUGCUGCUCUGCUAAUGGUCGGCUCGUCGCUGACAUGUACGAUGACAUCAAUGUUGUAAUAGUAUAUAUUAGUAUAUAUAUGGGAAUUUGGUGAAGAACCAGGCCUUGUUAACGCUGCUGCCAAAGGCAAAUCAAGUAUACGUGUUUAUUGUAAGAGAAAGGUGUACAUCGUUAAGCUCGAGGACAAUUUUUUAGUUUUUUAAAUGAUAAUAAUGUAAAGAGUUUUCUUGGAUUUAUAUAUAGUUGGAUUAAGCAAA